GGGCCUGGGUUUAAACUCGGAAGUGCGCGCUGUUGUGGAGCGGUGCCUGGCUGGUGUUGGUGGGCGCGUAUCUGCUCUUGGGAAGGUGGCGGCGUCUGGCCUGCGGGCUGUGCAUCUUACACAAUGGUAGAAGAGGAGCUGGCGCUCUUGGAUAAAAACAUAAAUGACUUUGGAAAUAGGUUCAGAAACAAUCUCGGUAACCCCGGUCAGCUGCUGGCACUAAGAGAUGCCUACAGGGACGCCAUUAAAGCACUCUCAGAAAGGCUGUCUUUGAAAUUAAAGGAAGAAGAAAGAAUGGUUGAGAUGUUUCUGGAAUACCAAAAUCAGGUUCGCAAGCAGAAUAAGCUCAUUCAGGAAAAGAAAGCUAACCUAUUAAUUAUGAUUGCUGAAGUAAAAGGCAAAAGGCAAGAAUUGGAAGUACUGACAGCAAAUAUCCAGGAUCUUAAGGAAGAAUAUUCUAGGAAGAAGGAAACCAUUUCCAGUGCUAACAGAGCUAAUGAAGAGAGGCUGAAAAGGCUGCAGAAAUCAGCAGACUUGUAUAAAGAACGACUUGGACUAGAAAUUAGAAAAAUUCAUGGUGAUAAAUUGCAGUUUAUAUUUACUAAUAUUGACCCGAAGCAUCCUGAGAGCCCAUUUAUGUUUUCCCUGAGUCUAAAUGAAGCAAAAGAAUAUGAAGUAUCAGAUAGUGUUCCUCAUCUUGAGUGCCUAGCGGAAUUUCAAGAGAACGUAAGGAAGACCAACAAUUUUUCAGCUUUUCUUGCCAAUGUUCGGAAAGCUUUUACUGCUACAGUUUAUAAUUAAUGUAUAAACACCAUGUGAAACUGUUUGUUUUCCUUUCUUAUUGUAUACAUAUAUCCUAAAAUAAUUCUCACUCUUACCUGUCUAUAAUUCUUCAGUGUUUUUGUGAUGUUUCUGUGUGGUUUGAAGGAAGCCAGAAUAUAUCAUCCCAAAGUACGUGUCUUUAACAGAAAUGUUUUUGAACUGAAGACAGUUAAGAAAAGCUGACUCCCUCCCUGAAUUUGCCUAAAAACAGGACAUAAAUUUGUACUCCUAUAUCUACAAGGAAGGACAGAAGUUAAUCACUAAGGAGAUCUGUUACCAAUUAAGGCCAGGCACUAGAGGAAUCUACAAGCCUUACGUCAUUGGUUUAUGUGCAUAAACACGCUUGAGAUGAUUCCCCACCCUUGGAAGCCCAAAACUGAACUUGCUGUCUGUCUGGUCACAUAUCUAAAAUCAUAUUGCUUACUAUUGAUGAUGCCAGAGUUCUAAGCCACUGUUUUGAGUUAUCUUUGUUGAUGUUUUUCCUUUAUUAUGUUCCUUGCUUGGCAUUAAUAAAUGUUUGGUUUGCUCUUA